AUGCACGGUUAUGUGUGCACGCUAUCUAUCUGCACGGGGGCUCAUGCUUCCAGAAAGUCGGAAAAUGUCUGGCAUGCUGUAGCCACGGCAAUUAUACCCAAUCUACUGGCAAGUCCCGCAGAUCAAUCGGGGUCUGGACUGUGGACACUACAUAAAACUGUUUUUCCAACGAUUCCACCUGGUUGUGUUUUGGCUUCGUAUUUUCCCCGUGGAAGACUCUCCCUUAGCAAUGCCUGGCGAACCUCGCAGCAGUUAGAGCGAAAACCAUCCACAGGUAUUGGCCUAUUGGCUACUCGAUCUAAAAAUGUGUUUCUAUUUCCCAAUACGGACUGCAUUCGUGCAUCCAUCGUGUACUUACAAAACCGUUGUUCUGUGGGUCCAAGUGAAAUCCCUCUUUCGGCGUUGGUGCCGGCAUCUGGCAUGCAUGCUGCAUACUCCAUUAUAAAAGCCACCGCGUUAGUGCGAAUUCGCUCAUAUAGACUGCAUUAUUAUUUUUUAAGCUCUUGUUUUACGUGCGCGCGACAAUAG